CCAAUGCUCUGUGUGUGUCUGAAACUCAACUGGCUCCUUCCCUCCUAAGUCCUCACUUCAUAGCGCCGCGCACUAAAAACAUCGGACGCUAGGGGAUCAAGACGCAUGCCACAUUACCUCUAUGUGGGCACUUUAACAGAUCUUUCGGGGUUUUUUUCCCAGUAAGGGGGCUGCGGAGGGAGGCCUUUUUUUUUUACUUUCGCUGUUUGAUGACUGUUUGCACAGCUGAUUAUUGAGUUGAUUGUUUAUUUUUCAGCCGCUGUUUUCCGCCGCCUUGUGCGCGUCUUUUUUUCCCCCUCCUGCUUUUUUGGGGGAUCGGCAAACUCUACCGUGCUCACCAAUGUCCUAUCCUCAGGGUUACCUCUACCAGCCCCCGGGCUCUCUGGCUCUUUAUUCGUGUCCGGCUUACGGGGCUUCGGCUCUGGCCGCUCCACGGAAUGAGGACUUGGCGAGGUCGUCCUCCGGCUCAGCCUUCAGCCCCUAUCCCGGCUCGGCUGCUUUCUCCGCUUCGGCUGGCGCGGGAUUCUCCAGUCCGCUUUCGUACUCCACGGAUCCUGCGACGGGAUUCCCCUCCUACAUGUCUUCUCCAUAUGACGCGCACACAACGGGCAUGGCCGGGGCGCUCAGUUACCACCCAUACGGGAGUCCGGGGUACCCCUACCAACUCAACGACCCGGCUUACCGCAAGAACGCCACCAGGGACGCCACGGCCACAUUGAAAGCCUGGCUACAGGAGCACAGGAAGAACCCGUACCCGACUAAGGGGGAGAAGAUUAUGCUGGCCAUCAUCACCAAGAUGACCCUGACGCAGGUCUCCACCUGGUUCGCGAACGCCAGAAGGAGGCUCAAAAAGGAGAACAAGAUGACCUGGGCGCCCCGCAGCAAGAGCGAGGACGAGGACGAGGAGGACGGGGACGGGGAGAGGAAGGAGGCGGAGCGCUCUGACAAAACCCUGGAUAACAGCGAGGCUUCGGCUGAGGACGAAGGAAUCAGUUUGCACGUCGACACCCUGACUGACCACUCGUGUUCGGCCGAGUCUGACGGGGAAAAGGUCGGCUGCGCGUCCGAGCUGAGCUCCGACCAAACGGCGGACAAGUGCACCGAGGACGGCGUGGGCCAAGGCCGCGAUCCCCGCGACCAGCUCUCUCCAAAGCCCGUCACGUCGUCGCCUCUGACGGGCGUGGAAGCUCCGGUGCUCACCCAUCACCAUCAUCAGCAUCACCAUCACCACCACCACCUCCAACACCUGCACCAGCUUCACAGCCAGCGGGAGGAUUUGGCCCGGAGCCUCAUAAACAGCAGCGCCAGUAAGUUGUCUGCGUGCCUGGACAGCAGGCCCAAUUCGUCCGGGGCGCCUCAGAAUCUUUCGGCCAAACCCAAACUGUGGUCUCUGGCCGAGAUUGCUACCUCGGACCCAAAGCAACAGCACCACCAGCAACAGGGACAGCCGGGGCAACCGAACUGCCCCUCCUCCAGCGGCGGACUUCUCACUCCCCCGACGCCUUCCGGGACUUCACCGGCCGCCAGCUCCCCCUCCCUCUACCCGGCCCCCUCCAUCCUCGGAAGACCUAUUUAUUACACGUCUCCCUUUUAUAGCAAUUACACAAACUACGGCAACUUCAGCCCCCUGCAGGGGCAAGGGAUCUUGCGUUAUACCAACUCCUCCGGAGUGAGCCUGGCAGCCGCCGCAGCGGCCGCCGCGGCCGCCGCCGCUGCGGCUGCGAACGAGGGUCUGAGCGCCUCUCACCGGGCCGCCGAGACUGGCGCGGAACCCAAACUAAGGCCAGACUCCCCCCUCGUUAAAAAUAACCCGAACCAGAUUGUUGACGUCGAGCAGCAACAUUUCAGAGCCACAAAUAUAGAAGCAAAGAAAGGUACGUAAUGAGAGGAACUGCAACCGAAACGAAAACUUAAUUUAGAUCUUUUUUUUUUCUUUUUUUUUUAUCUUGGAAUUGUAUUUCACAUCAGCUGUCGAUGAAGAUUGCGCCAUCGGUUGAACUGUUUUCAAUGCAAACGAACCGUUCUACUUUUGAUCAGUUUCAUGUGUCAUUUUUUUUCACGCGGUGGGGACACUCUUUGGCUUCCACCAAAUAAAUGGGACAGAUAUAAGAGCGAUGCUGGAUUAAGAAUGAGCGAGAUUUACCGACGUUAUUAUAUUUGUAUUUCUUUACAGAGACUGACGACCCCAAGAGAAAGUGAAAAUAACAAAAUCUUCUUUUAAAGAAAAGAAAUCAUAAACACGUCUCUUAUUCAUUUACUAUUCAUCGCAUUUACGAUUUUUACUCUUUAAAAAAAAAAUAUUUAUUUCUGGUAGGAACAAGACAACAAACUUGCCUUUGAAAUCGAUAGAAACAGAACAAUUAAGCUGCAAAUGAACGUACAAAAAUUAUCCGCUGUAUGUGAAGGACAGGCGUCAAAUAAGCCCAACCCAACCAUACACACACACACACAAGCACACACACACACACAAGGACAGUUUUUAAAUGCAAUAAGCAGAGAAAUGUUGCCAUAGCUUUGAGCAGGAAUUCUAUUUUUAUUGUUUCCUUUGUGUGUGUGUGUGUGUGUGUGUGUGUGUGUGUGUGUGUGUGUGUGAGAGAGAGAGAGAGAGAGAGCGAGAGACUGAGAGUGAGUGUGCUGUGUGCACAGUGGGCUCCAAACCUUAUCUUUCAGCUUAGGAUAAUUAUAAUUACACAGGGUCAGCCAAAUGCAAACAAAUUAGCUAGCUCUGCACAGUCUUAGUGCAACUUCAAGUCUUCAAAUGUCACAUACACUGAUAAAACCAACUGUUGGAGUUUACCCAGUAAAUUGCUGCAGCAGGAUACUUUUUGUUUCAUAGACUUUAUUCUGUGUUAACCAGUACUCCUUAUCUAAGUUGUUCUUUUUAGCUAAAAUAUCAUUAAUGAGAAAUUUCAAUUAAAAAACAAAUAUUCCAAUCACUUCUUAACAAGUUAUUAACAUUUGUUACUCUGGUGUGUCUUCCCAUUAAUUGAAGACAUAAAUCAAUGAUACUUUUAAAUGUAUUCUGACACAGUGGCAUGCAAACCGUGUCCCUGUAAACCACAGGUAAAUCUUGCUCCUCAUUGGCGAUAACUACCUCAGGGUUAGGAAGCUCAGCUUGCUAGCAGGUUUAACUUGAGGGGUGUUGUUAAACAACUUAAAGCUGGAUGCAAACUAAAACUCCUUAAAGAUUCUGCACCACAAGCCUUGCAACAGUUCUUAGAAUAUCGGCUUUUAUUGAUAAAACAUAUCAAUGUAUUAUACAUCCCCUGCAAACCGUUUUCAGCCCGAUGCUGCACGGCAAAUGAGAAUAGCUAAUGGUUAGCUGAACAAAUAUCUUCCGCUUAAGUCUAAUAAGAUGUUCAGGGAGUUCUUGUUGCCCAAAUAAAGUAAUCAAACAUUACAUUUACACAAUAAUGUGUUUAAUUAAAAUUGAAGCAAUUAUUAAAUUCCCCAAAAAACAUUUUUACAGUGCAGGUGGUUUCACAUGUGCUGCUGCAGUCAUUUUUUAAUUUGAUUUUAUUUCAUUUUAUUUUUCAGCAGGAUUAGGGUAGCAGUUUUAAUAAGAACUUGCAUUUUUAUUUCAGCAGUCUGACACUUUUUUUUCCAAGGAUAUAUUGAGGGAUCCUGUUUUUUAAUAUGUUUCCAUGCCCUGCAGGUAGGUGUCACAAUUGCUCAGAGUAUAAAACAUGGGGGAAAAAAAGGCAGCAACCCUUUUAGUCCCACGCUUUAACCCUUAUAAACUUUUUACUCCAAACCGGAUCUAGUGCCACCAUAUUUUUUGGGGGGAAAUGAAAGCUGCUAAGCCCCACACAGACUAAGAUAUUCAGUCUGGCGCAUUGCAUUACAUUGUAUGGUUUCUUUGUCAUUAUUUAUCAUUUCCCUUUAUAUGUGAUUUUCAUGUUAUUUCUCAGGUUCCUCUUGUUUGCUUAUUUGCCAUGGUCUAUUAUGUUUUUGUUAUGUAUUUGUGUGUGGAAAAACAACAUAUGGCCUAGGAAAUGUACUUGCGGGGAGAAAAGGGAGGAUCAUUCUUAGGACUCUCAGCUGAUCUGAAGUGAACGUUGAGGACUUCGGAGAGGAGUAGCCUACGUUUGAUAUUUAUUUUUUUAAAAACACAGCGGAAUGAUGCCUAUAAUUUAUGCAAGUUGUAUUGCAAAAGUGGAAAACUGACAUCUUCUGUUUGUUUUGUAAAUAUAGAUAUGAAUAUAUAUAUUAUGGACUGUUUUUCUUUGGGGAGACAACAGAAUCUUGUUAUCAGGGGUACUUUUACUAAUUUAUAUGACUGUACAUAUAAUAAAAAGGUGGGGUGUUAUAUCCAUUAUUCAGAAUGAGAAAAUAUUAAACUCUUUUUGCCCAACUAUA